AUGGGUGAGGUCAGGACUUCCGAUCGCAACGGGGAACUGAAGCAAGAGCUGACAACAGCCGUGGUGCAACCUCAAACAAAGUGUCCAGCUGGACCCUUCCACGAUUCGGGAGGUGGCUUUGGCCAUAAGGGCUCCAACACCCGGCAGGCGGAACGUGGAUCCCUUUCCAGGCAAGCGGCGCGUGAAAACGGUGGUGAGGAAGGUUGCUGUAAGGCACACCGUGACACUCGCAGCGGUUCGGACCGUGCAGGUGGCUGGAUGCUGUGCUGGACCCGGGGGGGGGCCGGGUCUGAAUCCUGGUGUUUUCCCCAGUCGCCGCGCCCCCGACGUUCAUCCCGCCGGGAUCCCCGGGGGACCGACUUUGUGUCAUGUUGUGAAUGCAACAUGUUCGACAGCAUACCUGCCGGGGAAAAUAUCUUCUCUGAUGGCGGAGCAGAGCCCGCCGGAGCUGCUGCAGGCCCGGCUCAGCGGGGACGGAGGGCGCGAGGCACGGCCGCGCUCUCGGCACCCCGGAGGUGCCGCCGGAACGGAGCGGGGACCACCGCUGGCUCUGCUCGGGAGCGCUGGCCGCGGGGCCCCCCAGCCCCUUCCCGGGGCCACCUCCGGGGCAGCGUGAGCGGCCGGCAGCACCUGCCCCAGCCCCGCCGGGGCCGCGAUGACGGACUGCCAAGGACGGGGCUCCCUCCUAACCUCUCGCCGUUCGGGAAGCCGAGGAAUAAAAGCACGGGCUUAGGUAUUUUAUGAAUGGCAGCUGUGUUAAGAGUGAUCCCAUACAAAUACGUGCACGGCGCUGUUAAUCCGGGCAGGAAUUUUGCUGGCGCAACGCCUAGUUGGGCUCGGAAAUUCCUUAUGGCU